AUGGCUAAUAGCAUAAAGCGUUUACCUUCAACUGAGGGUGAAGAAUUAAAAAAAACUGAUUCUGGAAAAAUAUUUGAUGAUGGUAUUAAAAGAACUCCAUCUGGUAAACCAAUACAAACUAUGUAUGUAUUAAAUAGAAAGGGAGAAGAAGAAGAUAUUUCUUUUGAUCAAAUAUUAAAGAGAAUACAAAGAUUAUCAUAUGGUCUUCAUGAGUUAGUUGACCCAGCUCGAGUAACACAAGGUGUUAUAAAUGGAAUGUAUAGCGGAAUUAAAACAUGUGAAUUAGAUGAGCUAGCUGCACAAACAUGUGCAUAUAUGGCUACUACACAUCCUGAUUUUUCUAUUUUAGCUGCUAGAAUAACUACAGAUAAUUUACAUAAAAACACUAGUGAUGAUAUUUCAAAGGUUGCUGAAGCCUUAUAUACUUACAAAGACGUUAGGGGUAGACCUGCUAGUCUUAUUAGUAAAGAAGUAUAUGAUUUUAUUAUAGAACAUAAAGAUCGUUUAAAUAAAGAAAUAGAUUAUACAAGAGAUUUUAAUUAUGAUUAUUUUGGAUUUAAAACAUUAGAGAGGUCUUACUUAUUACGUAUUAAUAAUAAAAUUAUUGAACGUCCUCAACAUUUAUUAAUGAGAGUAUCUAUAGGAAUACAUAUUGAUGAUAUUGAAAAGGCUUUAGAAACUUACCAUUUAAUGUCUCAAAAAUAUUUUACUCAUGCUACUCCUACAUUAUUUAAUUCGGGAACACCAAGACCUCAAAUGUCUUCAUGUUUUUUAUUAUCAAUGAAAUCUGAUUCAAUAGAAGGUAUAUUUGAAACAUUAAAGCAAUGUGCAUUGAUCAGUAAAACAGCAGGAGGUAUAGGUGUUGCUGUACAAGAUAUUCGAGGACAAAAUUCAUAUAUUAGAGGAACUAAUGGUAUAUCAAAUGGGUUAGUUCCAAUGUUAAGAGUUUUUAAUGAUACAGCAAGAUAUGUAGAUCAAGGUGGCGGAAAAAGAAAAGGUUCUUUUGCUGUAUAUAUUGAGCCAUGGCACUCUGAUAUUUUUGAAUUUUUAGAUUUAAGAAAAAAUCAUGGUAAAGAAGAAUUAAGAGCUCGUGAUUUAUUUUAUGCUAUAUGGGUACCUGAUUUAUUUAUGAAGAGGGUUAAAGAAAAUAAACACUGGACUUUAAUGUGUCCUAAUGAAUGCCCAGGUUUAAGUGAAUCUUGGGGUGAAGAAUUUGAAAAAUUAUAUACAAAAUAUGAAGAAGAAAAUUUAGGUAAAAAAACAGUUCUUGCACAAGAUUUAUGGUUUGCUAUAUUACAAAGCCAAAUUGAAACUGGUGUACCAUAUAUGUUAUAUAAAGAUGCAUGUAAUUCUAAAUCUAAUCAAAAAAAUUUAGGGACAAUUAAAUGUAGUAAUUUAUGUUGUGAAAUUAUUGAAUAUACAUCACCUGAUGAAGUAGCUGUUUGUAAUCUAGCUUCAAUUGCAUUAUGUAAAUUUGUUGAUAGAGAAAAAAAAGAAUUUAAUUUUAAAAAAUUAUACGAUAUUACUAAAAUUAUUACUAGAAAUUUAGAUAAAAUUAUUGAAAGAAAUUAUUACCCAAUUAAAGAAGCUGAAAAAUCAAAUAAAAGACAUAGACCUAUUGGAAUAGGAGUACAAGGAUUAGCAGAUACAUUUAUGCUUUUAAGAUAUCCAUAUGAAUCUGAGGAAGCUAAAGAAUUAAAUAGAAGAAUAUUUGAAACUAUGUAUUAUGCUGCUUUAGAAAUGUCGGUUGAAUUAGCACAAGUAAAUGGCCCAUAUGAAUCAUAUCAAGGUAGUCCAGCAAGCAAAGGAAUAUUACAAUUUGAUAUGUGGAAUGCAAAAGUAGAUAAUAAAUAUUGGGAUUGGGAUUUAUUAAAAAAAAAAAUAAGUAUGCAUGGAUUAAGAAAUUCUCUUCUUUUAGCACCUAUGCCAACAGCUUCAACUUCACAAAUUUUAGGAAAUAAUGAAUCCUUUGAACCAUAUACAAGUAACAUUUAUUAUAGACGUGUUUUAAGUGGUGAAUUCUUUGUUGUCAAUCCCCAUUUAUUAAAAGAUCUUUUUGAUAGAGGUCUUUGGGAUGAAGAUAUGAAACAACAAUUAAUUGCCCAUAAUGGAAGUGUCCAAUAUAUUAGUGAAAUACCUAGUGACUUGAAAGAAUUGUAUAAAACAGUUUGGGAAAUCAAACAAAAAAAUAUUAUUGAUAUGGCUGCUGACCGUGGGGUUUUCAUUGACCAGUCUCAAUCAUUAAACAUUUACAUACAAAAACCUACAUUCGCAAAAUUAUCCAGUAUGCAUUUUUACGGAUGGGAAAAAGGUUUAAAAACCGGAGCAUACUAUUUAAGAACUCAAGCAGCAACGGAUGCUAUUAAAUUUACAGUUGACACACAAGUAGCUAAAAAUGCAGAAAAAUUGAAAAAUGCAGAUGGUAUAGCUAUUAGUAGAGAAAUUUCAAGAGAGACAAUUUCAACUGAAUCAACUGUUACACAAAAUGCAUGUCCUUUACGCCGUAACAACGAUGAGCCAUGUUUAAUGUGCUCAGGUUAA